AUGAGUGACUUCAACUAAUUGUUGAAUACCGUCAUGACUGGUGGCGCUGACAGAGCUUAGGCUGAAAAGCAAUUAGAAAUAAUCUGCAUGAACGAUACUUCUAGCUUCUUCAAGAAUCUCGUUAAUGAGCUCUAUAACGAAGGCAAUUCAGAAUAAUUAAGACAACUUGCUGGUACUCUUAUCAAAAGAUCAGUUCGUUUGGAAGUCUAGGGAAAGUACUUAUGGAAUGUUUUAGACUCAAAUCUAAGAGAAAGCAUUAAAAACACUCUUCUUUAAGUCAUGAUCGUUAAAUUCCCUUCAAUAUAAAGAGCCUGCGCUAACGCCAUUUCUACCAUCUUUACUGUUGAAGUUAUUGAAGAUAGAUGGCUCAAUCUUAUUGAUGAUUUGGCUAACAGCACUUAACCAACUAUCACUACUGAUAUUAGAAAGGCUGCUAUUCUCACUCUUGGUCAAAUUUGCGAUAAACUUAAAGAAUUCAGAUUAGGUAACAAGUUAGUUGGAGCUACCAAAGAAAAGAUUUUGAUGGCUAUUUUAAUUGGUUUGUCUCCUGAUGAGCAAGAUUUAGAAAUCAGAGAAAACAGUAUAAUUGCUUUGGGAGAUUGUGUCGAAUUUAUGACUGAUAUUUUAGAAGCUGAAUAAGUCAGAGAUUAUACUGCCUAGUUGUUAAUUACAGCCUUAUAGCAUCCUGAUCAAAAGAUUAAAGUAGCUGCUCUUCAACGUUCAAGUGAUUUUGUAAAAGCCAUCUAUAUUUAUUUCACCAAAUACGUUAGUGCAUUCUUCAGUGCUACUUAGGGAUCUAUUCUCCACAACGACGAAGAUAUCUGUAUUCCUGCUAUGGAAAUAUGGAGCACUCUUGCCAAUGAGUACCAUGAAAGAGAUGAAAAGAAUCACUAAGUUAACAGAGUUGAUGUCCAAGCUAUUCAAAACCCCAACCACAUUUUACUCGUCUAAGAAUAAUUAGUUUAAUGUCUUUUAUAAAACCUCUUAAAAAAUGACAUGGAUGAUGACUCUGAAGCUGAAUCUGCUAUCUAGGAAGCCUCCUAAAAAGCACUCUGUUCCAUCGUCGAAAGUGUUGGCGAUGCAGUUGUUAAUACCUUCACUGCUUUUAUCACUAACACCCUUACUAACUCUGAAUGGACCUACAGACAAGGAGCUAUUCUUGCUUUUGGCUCUUUAAUGGAAGGUAUCAGUGAAAAUGUCAUCUUAGAUUUGAUUACCAAAGCCUUUUCAGAGUACGUUAAAACCUUAAAUGACCCUGUCCUUAAAGUUUAAGAAAGUGGUGCCAAAUUACUUUCUAAGAUCGCUGAAUAUCAUCCUAAGGCUAUCCUUUUGAGAUAAAACAUUAGCAACGACCUUCCUGUUAUUGUUGAAUCCCUCAAGUAAAUUCCUUCAAUUUCAAGACAAAUUUGCUGGUUCUUCUGCUUCCUUGCUGAAAACUUGGAUAAGUAUCCUUAAAACUUUAUUUCUCAACAUUUCGAUAUCCUCGUAGAAUCUCUCAUAAAAAAUGCUAUCAGAAGCGAUUUAGGAUCUGGUAACUACAAUGUUAUCGAUGUUUCUUUCAUGUCCGCCCUUAACAUCAUUCACUAUUCUCGUGCUGUUAAUAUCGGUUAUAAAUAUCUUAAUUUCUUCCUUACUCUCUUCAAGGAUUCUUAUGCCAUCUAGCCUAUUGAAAGAAGAAAUGCCAUUCAAUCUGGUAUCCUCUCUGCCCUUCAUGCUUGCUUAUUAACUUUAGAUGAUAAAUUCGAUCCUAACAUGUCAGAUACCGUUUUCUAAUUAGUUGUUGACCAUUUUAUGAAUAUUAAGAAUGUUGAUAGUGAUGGUAUGUAUAUUGUCAGUGCUCUCGCUACAUGCAUUGGUACUAACUUUGUUAAAUAUUUAGACAAGGUUUGGCCUUAUAUUGAGCACGCCUUGACUUAGAGAUAAUAGGAUUUAGAACUCUUCAAAACUUGCAUGGGAACUAUUGCUGAUGUUGCUAGAGCUUGUGAUAAUCAAUUUUCAUGCAAACUUAAUAUUUUGAACAACUUAUUUGCUGCCCUUGAAUCUCCUCAAUUCAAUAGAGAUGUCAAGCUCAAUAUCUUCAGUUGCAUAGGUGAUAUUUGUCUUGCUACUAAAGAAAAUACCCUUCCAUACCUUGAAAACCUUGUUAAAAUAUUUGACAUUGGUUUUACUGCAGCAGUUGAAUUGUCUAGAUCUGACCAACAAGACAUAUAGGACUACUCUGAAUAAUUAAAGGAAAAACUCAUUGAAUCCUACACUUGUGUUCUUCAUGGUAUUAACGAUACUCAACAAAACCCUACCUUCUUUAAUCAUUGCCCUAAACUCGUUGAAUUCAUCACUCUCACAUGUGAUAAAAACCUCCAUCCUACUGUCGAUUACGUUAGAAACUGCUUGACAUUACUUGUUGAUAUUGGUAACUUCUAUAAAAACUAGGUUGGACCUUAUAUAAAAACUAACUUCACUAAAUACCUUAUUGAUGUAUUACAAGAAUUCGACUAAAGUGAAGAAGGUAAAGAGACAAUCAGCUUUGCUCACAGAGUAAAUAAAACUUAUUAAUUUCAAAAUAAAUGUUUAUUUAACUAUUUUUUUAAAUUAAUUAAUUAACAGGUACUUCAAGAACUUUGA